GGCUGUCUCCCGCUAUUAGACUCAGCACUCACUACUCAGUCCUCUCCCCAUAGUUCCUUCAAAGCAUUCGUCUUGAGAUCUUCGACUCCUAGAGAAGCGGAGCCGCACUCAGCUCCUCCUUUCUCUCUCGUCCCUCUUUCACUCCUAUGGCCGGAGGUCCCGAAACCCUAGAAGGGGACUGCCUUCAGUCUUCGACAUCCGCAGCCACCCACACUCCUCUCCUAAAUCCCAGUGAGACGGACCUCGAUCGCUCUCUCCGCCGGCUCGAGGUCUUUCUCUCCCUUCUGGGCUUCCACUCCCACUCAUCUAUUCUCAAACUCCUCCUCUGCGCCUCCGCCUUCCUCCUCCUUGGCGUGGCCGUCCCCGUUUCGACCAUUAUACUCACCCUCUGCCCGCACGGAGGGUGCGACAGCUAUUGGAUCGAGCGCUUCGAGGUCACCGUGCUUGUAUUCAGGGUGUUGCUCGCCGCAGUAUCCCUCGCAUGCGUAUCCCGUAAUCUCUACAAGUAUGGAAUCCGCAGGUUUCUAUUCGUCGAUCAGCACCACGGCCAGGCUGAUCGAUUCCAGAAAGAGUAUGUUCGGAAGAUCCAGGAUUUUUUCCUUCUGCUUCUUUGGUGGAUACUGCCCUGCUUUAUUGUGAAAGUUGUUCGUGAAAUUCUCCGUUUUGGGGCCAUCUCUCACGACUCAACAUGGAAAGCUGCUGUGGUUUUGUUAUUCUCAAUUGUGUCAUGGAUUUACCUGACUACAGUUUUUUUAGCAUCUUGCCUUCUGUUCAAUCUGGUUUGCAAUUUGCAAGUAAUUCACUUUGAGGAUUAUGCUAGACUUCUAGAAACGGAUAUGGACACACCGGUAUUUCUUGAAGAGCAUGUCCGACUGCGAUAUAAUCUUUCCAAAAUUAGCCACAGGUUUCGGGCUUUUCUUUUGUCAGUGUUCUUAUUUGUCUCAGCAAGUCAGUUUGUAGCUCUUAUACAGACAACUGGAUACAAAGAAACUAUCAGCUUCACAAAUUCUGGAGAUUUAGCGGUAGCUUCUGUUGUUCAGGUGGUUGGCGUUGUCCUCUGUUUGCAUGCAGCUGCUAAAAUGUCUCACAGAGCUCAAAGCCUUGCAUCUGUAGCAUGUAAAUGGCAUGCAUUGUUAACAUCUUCUUCCACUGACACGUCUCAAGGAAGAACAAAUAGCUCUGGGAACUUGGAGGGAGCUCAAGCAACUCCUUUGUUAAUUAAUUAUUCCGAAAGUGAUUUGGAGUCACUCGACAAUGUCGCAGUACCUGCAAACAUUCGACCAGUUUCUUACAUGUCCACAUACCACAAGAGACAAGCCCUCGCCAUGUAUCUUCAAACAAACGCUGGUGGGAUCACCAUAUUCGGAUGGAUAAUCGACCGUGUACUGAUGAACACUAUUUUCUUCCUGGAGAUGAGCUUAGUUCUUUUUGUGCUCGGAAAAACCAUUGUUUUCCCUUCCAAAUGAUAACUUCAGAUAGUUCUGCUCAGUGAAAAAGCCUAUUUCUUCUUCAGGUAACUAAUUUUCUUGACUUCCUUGUAAUAUUUUUCACUCCAAGGCCUGGUUUUAUUCUGCCUUAGGCUUCGUUUGGGACGACUUUCUCGCUGUUUCUUGAAGCAGCUUUUGAGUACAAAAAAUUUAAUUUUUGUACUAGAAAGCUAUCUUAAGAAGCAUCAAGAAAACCAUCCCAAACGAAGCCUUAGUUAAAUAUAUUUGUAAGCUUUGUAAUCUAUCAGAAAGCACUUAUGCCACAUCAAUGAGAAUCCUUUGAUCACCUGCUUUAACGCUUAUUGAUCUUCCACAUUAGAAAAGCUUAGGGACAAUUCUAAUGUAUGAUAUAAGGGUCUGUUUGGGGUGAUUAAUUCUUUUUCUAUGCUUAAUUGAUGAGUGGAGUAAACUAAGAAUUAUUGAAAAUUCAAUUAAGUAAUGAUGAUACUUACGUAAAGUUGUUCAGGAGGUGCUAUGUGAUAAUAAGUUGUAGAAAGUUGAGACUUGGCUUGAAAUAGAUACAAUGAAGCUCAUGAUUUAUAUCAUUGUAACAAGUAAUUGCACAGUUAAUUGUUAUUUUGAUUAACAGUGAGCUUAACAA